ACAAGUCGAUUUACUGCAAAUGGACGCCUUUGCUGCUGCGUGCGUUCAAAAAACGUGAUACCCAUGUGGCGUUGGCGCCUUUGUAAACGUGCAUGUUUUCCACUCGUUCAUCGCGUUCAAAGGCGGCGUUGACACCUGCCAAGCAAGCUGAUCUGCCAUUUUAUCAAGAGAGCUCGUGGUGCGUGACAAACUGACCACGACAUACGUCCAGAAGUCACGAUGCUGUCGAACGUCGACUUGCUUUCCAACUGUGAGCGUGACUUCAUCAAGACCGCAGUCUCGGAAGAUAAGCGUGUCGACCGCCGGACUUCAAAGGAGAGCAGAAACGUGCGAGUCUCCUUUGGCCUCGACAGGGGAUGCUGCGUUGCCUCGCUCGGCGACACCAAGGUGCUGGUGCAGGUGUCUGCUGAAAUAAUAGUACCCAAACCUGGAAGGCCGACGGAAGGAGAACUCUUUGUGAACCUUGAACUGUCACCGAUGGCGGCACCACACUUUGAAGCAGGUCGACUUGGGGACUAUGGUGUCGAGGUUUCUCGCCUUUUGGAGCGCUGCAUUCGUGACUCUCACUGCAUUGAUCUCGAGUCUCUGUGCGUGGUGUCCGGUGAGAAGGUGUGGGCACUUCGGGUUGAUGCGCAAGUGUUAAACCAUCAGGGUAACAUUGUUGAAUGUGCUGGCAUAGCAACGAUCGGUGCGCUCAUGCACUUUCGUAGGCCUGAUGUAACUGUCAUUGGGACAGAAGUGACUGUCCACAACCCAAGGGAUCGUGAACCAGUUCCUCUGCACCUACACCACUAUCCUUUCCUUGUGUGCUUUGCCUUCUAUGACGACGGAAAGACCGUGCUUAUUGACCCUACUGAUCUGGAAGAACGGAUUGCCGAGGGACUUCUGUUUAUCGCUGCAAAUGCCCAUGAAGAGAUCUGUUUGUUGCAUCAGCAUGGUUGCACUGUUCGCAGGGAUUUGGUGUUGCUCUGUUCCAGACUGGCCUCGGUGCGCGCCAAGACACUCGCUGAGAAGAUUAAAGCUGAAAUUGCCAAGGAUGAUGAAGGUAGGAUGAAGAACAGGAGGGUUGGUUUUGCCGCUGCCCUUGAAGUUGAUGAGGAUGAGCAUCUGACAACUAUGUUGGAGCCAGAAAGCAUCGAAAUCGACAACGUGGAGCUACAGAAACCCCCUACGCCCCUUACUGAAAGAACAAUCACAACAGUCAACACACCAGAGGUUGUAUCCAAAGCCAAGGUGUUCUUGGAAGGCUUAGGGACAGCGGUGAUUGGAAAAGGUGGUCCUAGUAAAUGGGGUGUCUUGGAGCAUUCAGAUCAUGCAGGCAAAAAUGCAGGAAAAGGUAGCAGAAAGAGGAGAGGGCCUUCGCUACAAAUGGCAGAAGACGGAAGCGACAGCAGCGAAGAGGAAGAGGUUAUUGUACUUCAACCUGAAGACACUAAUGCGAAUACAAGGGCUGCACAACAAAUGGAAAGCACUGCUGAGGAUGAUGAAGGUGGUUCAUCUCGUGGGUGGUAUCCAAGGACUCCAUUUUGAAUGCCAGGUGCGUGCGUGUCUGUAUGCGUGUGCCAUACUAUAGGUCUUACUCUUAGUGGCAGCAAAAUGUCGGGGUAAGGUUUUUAUGAUGUCAUUGUGUGUAUGGCUGUUUUAAGCAUGGACAGAAAAUUGACCGUAGGUUUUUAAGCAGCUCACACUAAUCAAAUUAAGGAUUCACUUAGAUUGUGAUGUUGGAUCAGAACAUCUUUUUUCCCAUUGUUGCCUCCAGAAUCUAAACUAGGUAAUCUGCUUGCCACUUAGAUAAUGGUAGAGGUAAGUGAACAGGUGGCAGUUUAGGUUAUGCAAAUUUUUAUAUGUUUGUUAAUAUGCUUUCUGCAUACCAUUAUCGACGUUUGUGAACAUGGAAUGAUGGGAGGUGUUGCACGGCAAUGCAUGGGCAUUGACAUUUGGUUGUGGAAACUGAAAGGCACUUGGAAUUGCUCAUGUUUGAAAACAAUAAAAUGUGUCAUGCCCCGAGA